UCGUUUUCAACGUCUUCUAUUCAAUAGCUCCGACUUCGAUUUUCUGCAUCCAAAUUAUGGACAAUACCAAUCCCAAUCCGAAGCCACAAAAAAGAUCCCUAUUCAAUAAAAAGACACAUCAACAAAAAAAGAAACCACCAAAUAAACCAAGGAAGAGGCAAAACGACAUAUACAUCACAACAAAGUCGAAUUACAAGGCUCAACAAAAAUACUGCAAAGAUCUUUUGGAUUCCGGAUUAAAGGAAAUAUAUCUGCAUUGCUUGGGCAAUGCCAUAAACAGAGGACUAAAUUUAGCAUUAGAUUUGGUGAACAAUUCCAACGACACAUUAACAUACGCUUUAAAUACAUCAACGAUACAUCUUACAGAUGAAUUUCAUCCCCUAUGUGAUGAUGAGGAUGUUUCAAUACAAAAAAGGAAUAAUUCUGCAGUUCACAUAAAAAUAGCACGAAAUUCAGCCUACGACAUCGACAUUGCCUGUACUCUGUGA